AUGGCCUCCGCGGCCGCCACUGGCCAGGGCGGCUCCGCGCCGCCUCUCACCGUCCAGCGCGGUAUCGUUAAGAUGGUGCUGUCAGGCUGUGCCAUCAUCGUCCGUGGGCAGCCCCGUGGUGGGCCCCCACCCGAACGUCAGAUCAACCUCAGCAACAUCCGGGCGGGCAGCCUGGCCAGACGUGCUGCUGCCGGGCAGCCCGAGGCCAAGGACACCCCGGAUGAGCCCUGGGGCUUUCCAGCUCGGGAAUUCCUGCGGAAGAAGCUGAUUGGGAAGGAGGUCUGCUUCACUGUGGAGUACAAGACCCCCCAGGGCCGGGAGUAUGGGAUGGUCUACCUGGGCAAAGACACAAGUGGGGAGAACAUUGCUGAGUCCCUGGUGGCUGAAGGUCUGGCCUCACGCCGGGAAGGGAUCCGAACCAACAACCUUGAGCAGAGCAGGUUGGCAGAACUGGAGGAGCAAGCCAAGAGUGCCAAGAAGGGGAUGUGGAGUGAAGGCUCAGGGUCCCACACCAUCAGAGACCUCAAGUACACCAUCGAGAACCCCAGGCACUUUGUGGACUCCAUGCACCAGAAGCCAGUCAACGCCAUCAUUGAGCACGUCCGGGAUGGGAGUGUGGUCAGAGCCCUUCUCCUCCCUGACUACUACCUGGUCACCGUCAUGCUCUCGGGCAUCAAGUGCCCCACCUUCAAACGUGAGGCAGAUGCUCCUGAGGUCCCUGAGCCAUUUGCUGCUGAAGCCAAGUUCUUCACGGAGUCAAGACUGCUCCAGAGGGAUGUGCAGAUUGUCCUGGAGAGCUGCCACAACCAGAACAUCUUGGGCACCAUCCUCCACCCGAACGGGAACAUCACGGAGCUGCUGCUGAAGGAGGGCUUUGCCCGCUGCGUCGACUGGUCCAUCGCCGUCUACACCCGGGGGGCUGAGAAGCUGCGUGCAGCCGAGAGGUUUGCCAAAGAACGGAAGCUGAGGAUCUGGAGGGACUAUGUGGCCCCCACAGCCAACCUGGACCAGAAGGACAAGCAGUUUGUGGCCAAGGUGAUGCAGGUGCUGAACGCCGACGCCAUCGUGGUGAAGCUCAGCUCGGGGGACCACAAAACCAUUCACCUCUCCAGCAUCAGACCUCCCCGGCUGGAAGGGGACAGCACACAGGACAAGAACAGGAAGCUGAGGCCCCUCUAUGACAUUCCCUACAUGUUUGAGGCCCGGGAGUUCCUACGCAAGAAGCUCAUUGGGAAGAAGGUGAACGUGACAGUGGACUACAUCCGACCAGCCAGCAGUGCCACCGAGACCGUGCCUGCCUUCUCCGAGCGCACCUGUGCCACCGUCUCCAUUGGAGGCAUCAACAUCGCUGAGGCCUUGGUGAGCAAGGGCUUGGCCACCGUCAUCCGCUACAGGCAAGAUGAUGACCAAAGAUCUUCACACUACGAUGAGCUCCUGGCUGCUGAGGCUCGGGCCAUCAAGAAUGGGAAGGGACUCCACAGCAAGAAGGAGGUCCCCAUUCAUCGGGUGGCUGACAUCUCUGGGGACACCCAGAAGGCCAAACAGUUCCUGCCCUUCCUGCAGCGCGCCGGCCGCUCCGAGGCCGUGGUGGAAUAUGUCUUCAGUGGGUCACGGCUGAAGCUCUUCAUGCCAAAGGAAACCUGCCUCAUCACCUUCCUCCUGGCAGGCAUCGAGUGUCCUCGGGGUGCCAGGAACCUGCCUGGGUUGGUGCAGGAGGGUGAACCCUUCAGUGAAGAGGCCACACACUUCACCAAGGAGCUGGUGCUGCAGAGAGAGGUAGGGCCAGAGGCUCUGCCACAGCUUGGGUGA